AAUCGCGGACUCAACGCGCGCUGAACGUUCACAUCGCGAAUAAAGCGCGAAUAGCCACACAAAAUUCGGAUACCGUUUGCCAAAAAAAAAAAAAACAGUUGUUUUUUGUUUCUUUUUGACACCUGUCAAAUGAGUGAACGCUUUGUGACUGUAUUGUGCAAGUGAGAUCGAAAGUGUCUGGCGCGAGAAGAAAGCUCCGCGAUACGACGAUGACAAUUGAUUAAGCUAUAAUAAAAUUUUGAUUUUUUUGAAAUCAAAAUAUAUAGUUCCAUGAUUUUGAAAUGCAUUCUGAUUGCGAUGCGUCCCGAUUACUGUUCUUAGUUUAAAAAUGUCAAAGGAAAACAGAAAGACAUGUAUGCGUUUAUGUAGCGUUCUUCUGAACGUAAGUGCGUGUGAAUAUGGACUUGACGACUCGUCGCGGGGAUAUGUUGGACGGAGCCGUCCCGGAAUCUAUAUCAAUGAACGGUUCGGAUCAGUGCCGAGAUAUUGUGAACGGACCCCAGAACGGUAGUGACGUCACCGGUGUCACCGCCGACGUGCAGGUCCCUAGGAAGAUUAACUCUUUCAGUAUACGGAACUUGGUUGGCGGAGAGGACUCGAAUCAGACAGCCGACGGAAACGUGACCGUAAAUGAUGAUUAUUAUAACGAGCAGCCUUACCAGAAGUACUCAAGCAUGGGCAUAUCGGAGGUGCCCAAAGACGAUUCCCCCCGGACCACGCCCGAUCUGUCUCGUACUGAUCAGUCGCCUUCAGAACGACCACAUCCAGGCUCCGUGGACAGCGAUGAUGCCGACGAAUUUGCCCCGAAAAGGAAACAAAGGCGUUACAGAACCACCUUCACUAGUUUUCAACUUGAAGAACUGGAAAAAGCGUUUUCUAGAACCCAUUAUCCAGAUGUAUUUACGAGGGAGGAGUUGGCAAUGAAGAUAGGAUUGACUGAAGCUCGAAUUCAGGUCUGGUUUCAGAACCGACGGGCGAAGUGGAGGAAACAGGAAAAAGUUGGCCCCCAGGGACACCCCUACAAUCCUUACUUGAGCGCUACGGGAGCCGCCCCACCCGCCUCCGUGGUCGCCUCCAUGCCGAACCCCUUCACACAACUAGGGUUUGGUUUCAGGAAGCCCUUCGAUACAAACGCUUUAGCUUCGUUUAGGUAUGCUGGGGGUCCAGUACUUGGAGCUCAAUAUCUCGGUGCACCACUUCCACGACCACCAAUGUUCAGCGCCCCACUCUAUACGAGUUCCCCCCCGUUUCAUUCCCUCCUCGCGGGUUUAGCUCCUCCCCGACAAUCUCCCGAUCCGCCUCCUGUUUCUCCUCCUAUAUCUCCGGGCAGCGAGUCUCCUCCUAACCAGCCUCCAGUCCAAGAAGUGGAGAGAAGAAGUUCGAGCAUCGCAGCCCUCAGGAUGGCCGCUCGGGAGCACGAAUUAAGAUUAGAGAUAUUGAGGCAGCGACAUCAUAGCGACCUCAUAAGUUGAGUUUGACUAUUAUCCUAACAUGGAAGACCAAUUUUAAAGAAUACCCAGGUCUUAAUUAGCCAGAUCUGCGAUUUAAUAUAGGAGAAGACUGCUGGUUUUGGUUUUGAUUUUUAGUAUUGAGAAUUCUUACCGACAACGUUAUGUUUCCUGUUAUAAUCAAUAGGUAAUUAUUAGAACACAAAUUAGGCAGACACUACUUAAGUUUGCCGUGGUUUAUCAGCGAAUAUGAUGCAAAUUCAGCCGCCUUAAUAAGUUCCAGCUAAGUAGACUGACCAAUCACUUGGCAUUCGUAAUCUGUAAUUGACUUAAGCACUUAACAACCAGUCAGCUUAUUAAUAUACGUUAAAACAGUUGAAACUUGUUUUACAGAUUUGUAUAGUAGAAAACAUACUUCGUCUUCUCGCAUUAAAACUGUAUAAUCUCAAAACUUACUAAUUUUACAGGAGAGUGUUUUGAAGGCUUAACAUGUUAUAUUUUUAAUAUUAAUCAU